UACACCACUCGUUUCAUUUCUCCUUCCCUCAAUAUUUACAGUACUCAUUUCUCCAUUUUCAAGCAUUAUUGGUUCACAAACAAGCUUUAUUUUACUUUAUAUUUUUUUUUAUCUGAUCAACAUGGUGAAGAAGGAAUUAGCAAAUGAUGACAAUCAUUCAACGACACUUCCAACAAGUAAAAAAAAAUACAAGGGAGUAAGAAUGAGAAGCUGGGGCUCAUGGGUUUCUGAAAUUAGAGCUCCCAAUCAAAAGACAAGAAUAUGGUUAGGUUCAUAUUCUACGGCGGAGGCCGCUGCGAGGGCUUACGACGCGGCCCUCUUGUGUCUUAAAGGCUCCUCCGCCAAUCUUAAUUUUCCAAUCUCUUCUUCUUCCUUUGCUCAUUUUCAUAAUUUUCUCUCUUCCAAUCAUGAUGAUCAUAAUAAUGUCAUGUCUCCAAAAUCCAUCCAAAGAGUUGCUGCCGAAGCUGCCGCGAACACCGCCUUCUUCGAUUGCAAUGUUGACAGUAAUACGUUGGGAUCUAACGAUGUGCUGCCAUCGUCGCCACCACCUUCCUCCUCCUCUUCUUCCUCUGUCUCGUCAUCGUCCAAUAACGAUUCGUUUAUGAUGACGGAUCCAUCGUGGUUCAACUUUGAUGACAUACUCUCCCCUAAGUAUGUUGGGCAAAUGAUGGAUGGGACUCUAUUUGAUCCACCCAUUAUUGAUGAUUUUUAUGACGAAAGUGAUAUUAGUUUAUGGAGCUUCUGUUGAAAAAAAAAAUCAAUGUUUUAUUUAUUCUUUUUUUUUUUUUUUUAAUACAUUUUUUGCAUAUUCAUAUUGUAUGAUCCCUCAGAUUGUUAAUUUUACAAAAUUACUGACAAAAGUAAAAAUUUACAUAAUAAUAUAUAAAUAUAGGUUACAGCCGCAGAUUAUUUUUCUGGGUUGGUUGAUCUCUUUUGUUGGAUUUCAUAUAUUGUUCUUCUGUUCCAUUUUGAGUCUAAUUUGCUCUCUACACUUUUAAUAAGUUCUUGGAUUUUUAAUUUUGUGUCUGGAUAAAACUUUGCAGAUUCAUGAACUUAAAUAAUAUCAAAAGUUCAGAUAUUAAAUUUUUAAUUUUGAAAAAUUAUAAAUUCUUAGUUUAAGAAACAAAACCAAUGACUGUAUGUAAAUCUGACAUUGAUCUUGAUGUGUGGUUUGCUGUAUGAUUGUCUCAAA